AUGCGACCAACCUCGUUACCCCCGAUCUACAAGGGCAAGCUAAUGUUCUUCGACGAAGUCCUCUGGGACAAAGGCGACGAAUUACUAGCAUCCUGGAAAAGCAAGCUUUUCAACCAAGCCACAAUAAAUGAAGUGAUAAACUUGAUCCAGCAGCAUCGCGAAGGCAUCGCACAUCAGCUCUUCCCACCCCAAAAGGGUGCCUUCAACAUGGUCAUCCGGCUUCGCUUCGUCGACGGCGCAUCUACAGUCAUCCGCCUCCCAAUACCCGGAUAUUCAGUCUUCCCCGAAGAAAAGGUCCAGCGCGAAGUGUCGGUCAUGCGCUUUCUCGAACGGCACACUGACAUUCGCGUCCCGCAUAUCCUGCAUUAUGGCAUGACCGACCAAAGUCCCGGCCAACUCGGCCCAUUCAUCAUCAUGGAGUACAUUGAAAAUAACGCCGAUUUGGUAGAUGCGCUGAAUACACCCGGUCUGCUUCUUGAAGAUCGACCAAUUCUAGAUCCGGAUAUUUCGCCGCCCAGGCUUCGAUCCGUGUACAGUGAUAUGGCGGGAUUGAUGUUGCAAGUUGCAAAGUUUUCAUUCAAUGCUAUCGGAUGCAUUUCUAAUAAUGAGACCAAUGACCUUGAUAACGAGUGGGUUGUCAAGCAUCGGCCGCUCAGCAUCAAUAUGAACGAACUCGUUCAGGUGGGGGGCGUCGCGCGGGCAGAUCUACCUCAACGGACAUUCACAAGCGGGUCGGAAUAUUUCCUCGCUCUCGCUGAACUGCAUAUGGUGCAUCUAUCAUCGCAGGAACACGAUGCUGUGGACUCGGCAGAGGAUUGUCGGAUGAAAUAUAUUGCACGCUGUUUGUUCCGGAAGCUUGCGCGCGAAAAACGACUCUGUCGGUUUGAGGGUGGGCCUUUUAAGCUAUACUGUGAUGAUCUCCGGCCUGCAAAUAUUCUUGCUAACUCCAAUUUUGAUUAUAAGAUCUGUGGUGCGAUUGAUUGGGAGUUCUCAUACGCCGCGCCUGCGGACUUUGUCUAUGCCCCGCCUUGUUGGUUACUUCUUGAACGGCCGGAGUACUGGGAUAAAGGUUUGAACGACUGGGCGCGGUUAUAUGAGCAGCAGCUGGAGGUCUGGCUAGAAGCGAUGGUUAUACGGGAGGAUGCUGAUAUUGCGCGCGGUGUGAUUGGGGAAGCGAAUCGGCUCUCUGGGUUUAUGCGAGAGAGUUGGGGAAGUGGGGAUUUCUGGGUUAGUUAUGCGGCUAGACGGAGCUGGGCUUUUGAUGUUGUUUACUGGGCUCGGAUUGAUAGGAGGUUUUUCGGAGAGGGCACUCUGGAGGAUCGGGUCGCAUUGUUGACUAUGGAGGAAAGACGUGAUAUGGAGGAAUUUGUACGGAAAAAGAUGAACAAGAUGGUUGAUGAUUGA